AUGAGCAGCAUCCCUAUUGAUACUCGACUUACGAUCAGUAACAUGACAACAGAAUGGGGCGCUCUGUCUGGAUUGUUUCCUAUUGACACUACACUCGAAUGCUGGCUGCGGUAUAAAGCUACCGAAGCAGCCAUGUUUCCGGACCACUCAGCGAAGGAGCGCAUCACACAUGAACGAAUCGAUGAGCUUUGCGCCAGCCCACUGGAUGCUGACCCCGAUGCUCUGUAUGCAAAGCAAUUGUAUCUCAAUCUUGUUGUGAGCUGCACAAACUCUCGACACUCAGACAUCCAAGCCGCAGUCGCCGUGUUCAAAGAGGCUGCAAAAGCCAAUGGAGGUGUCGUUCCAAAGAUCGUGGAUGUUGUUAAAAUGUUCAUCGCGGCAGCAUCGUCACGCGAACAAGAGGCAGCUGAGGACUCCGGUGACUGGCAAGUACUACUUGAUGCCGGUGCUGAGGCGCUUGUAAUGGGAUCGCGCGAGGCGCUCGCCUAUCUUGGAAGCCCGGAGGUUGUGGCAGCUAGCGCACUCAAGGGUAUCAUCUCCGGACCAGGUGCUUAUAAAGUACCUGAGAAUUGGGCUGGAGUUGACCAUGGGUAUGGCAACUCGUUCAUUGGUAACGUUGAGUCAACGGAGACAUCAUCAAAUGGUCCUGCGGUUGAGAUCCUCCCAGGCUUCCCAGAGUCUGUUCGCGAAGAAAUCGUUUUCAUGGACAUAGACAGUCAGGAUACCGACCAGAUCUAUCCUAGAUCGAUGACCUAUGAAAGCAAUGUGUCCAAGGAAGCUAUGGCAAAGGCUUGCAUGAAAGACUACGACCCGGAUUUUCAGAAAGUUAGUCGGCCAAACAACAUUCUCGUUUCUGGAAAUGGCUUUGGCUGCGGUUCUUCUCCAAUAUUUUCUCCCAGCAAUUCCAUUAACCACGGCCUUAUGGGACUCGAACUGCCACGUCUUAUUCGAGGCCGCCGUGCCGCUUUUCCUAAGGACGCAAAGAGGCCCAUCCCUACGUUCAGAACUGGGUGGAUGCUCAAAUGGGAUGUGAAGAAGAGUAUGGUUCACGUUCAGGAAGGCGAAGGCGGAGAAGAGUCGGCAGAGAAGGUUGGCGACAUUCCGCCCAAUGUGCAAGAAAUCAUAGCUCUUGGAGGUUUGCACGAGCGGUGUAGGCAUGAAUUGAAGAAGGCAAGUUAG